UCGGAUGUCAAUUUAAACCUAUAUCUCAACUUUCUCUCUCCAACCUCACCACCUUAACUUUGUAAUCCAAUUACAUUAAAACCCAGUUUUCUCUUUGGUUUGUUCGCUUCUUCUUUCCUUUCGUCACCUUCACAAUCACAGGAUCAUCUAAAGACACCAUGGUGAGCAUCCGUAGACAAAGACUCAUCAAACUCUAUGGGAGGAACCCUUUUCUUGAUUUUCUUUCAUCAUAUGGAAACGGGAAAUCUCCUGGAUGUUGGGUGCAAAACACAAGAUCUGCUGGCAUGCAUCUUUCACCUUCGGUUGACAUUGACCAUCAUGAUGAGCAGAAAAACACAAAAUUCGAAGAACCUGAAUCCUCAAUUGUGAAUGGAUCUAGCUCAUCUUAUAAGCAGCCCGUUUCUCAUCCAGAGUUCAAGAGACGAAAAAGACACAGAAGAAAGCAUUUUGAGAAUCAAGAAGCUUGUGUGAUGAGAGGGGUGUAUUACAAAAACAUGAAAUGGCAAGCUGCCAUUAAAGUUGAGAAGAAACAGAUCCAUUUAGGCACAGUCAGCUCUCAAGAAGAAGCUGCCCGCUUGUAUGACAGGGCUGCUUUCAUGUGUGGGAGGGAACCAAACUUUGAGCUCACUGUUGAAGAAAAAGACGAACUGAGUCAACUCAGUUGGGACGACUUCUUAGCAAUGACUCGCUCUGCAAUCAACAGCAAGAAAAGCCAAAGAAGGGUGAGUUCAAGGAUGAAGUUUGAGAAUCAGCGACAUAACAACAGUGACUCAGAAGCAGAAGCAAUUGAAGGAGGAAAUGGCUUCUCGGGUUCUGAUGAUGCAGAUACAUCAGUAGCUUGAUGAUUUUUUUUAUAUUUAUUCUUUAAUUAUUAUUAUUUUUUUAUCUGGUGGAAAUGAUGUUGAAAUGUGAAAAUUCAUAAACAUUGUUUGAAGCGGGAAAAUUCUCGCUCAUUUAUUUGUAUAUAGAGGGAGACAGGGAGUGAAUUGUUACUUGUUAUGAUGGGGGUAUGACAUAUUGAUGUUUCUUUUA